UUGGAUUUCAGAUAGCGGUCAGUUCACAAUCUUCAAAUCAGAAAAUUUGGAGCCUUAUCCUAUCAGAAUCGUCUGGCAUUUUCCAUCAAGAAAAUUUUCUUGCAGCUCCACCUCAGAAUCAGCCAUGUAACAAUGCAAGACACACUCCCUUUCCUCCCCAAGAACCCCUCCUUCCCUCCCUUGUUUUCUCACCACCAAUCCAAACAAGCCCAUGAUUUUCCUUCACUUUCUCGCCCGAGAAACCUCCAUUUUCCCCUUUUUUCCUCCUUAACGAACACCUCCACUACCGCCACUAUUACUAAUGCGGUUAUCCUUCUUCCUCCUGUACACCCCAGAACCCCAGAAAUUCCCACUGUAUCCUCACCCCCGAGCGAUAUCACCACCGCCGCAAUCGACCCAGAGGCGGAAUUUCAAGAGAAAAUGCUAUACCUCGACUCAAUUGGAAUCGACUUCUUCUCCCUCAUCAAUGACCACCCUCCGAUCAUCUCGGCGGCACUCGGUAACAUCAAAUCGACCGUUGAUUACUUGACCUCCAUGGACUUCACUGCACUCGAGCUACGCCGUAUAGUUUCCAUGUGCCCUGAGCUUCUCACCUCCUCACUCUCCAGCAUCGUCCCCGUCUUUACUUUCCUCCUUCGGGAGGCCCGUGUUGAAGGCUCCGAUCUCAAGAGGGUCAUCAACCGGCGACCCAGAUUAUUAGCUUGCAGCGUCAAGUACCGACUGCGACCCACCAUGUAUUUCCUCCAGAGCAUCGGAAUUUCUGAAGUUCAUAAACACACCUCCCUUCUCUCCUGCUCCGUCGAGAACAAACUCGUCCCUCGCAUAGAGUUCUUCGAGAAAAUCGGAUUCUCUCAUCGCGAGGCUAUCUCCAUGUUCCGCAGAUUCCCUCAGCUGUUCAAUUACAGUAUUAAAGAUAAUUACGAGCUUAAGAUUAAUUACUUCGUGGUGGAGAUGGGCAGGGACUUGAAAGAAAUCAAGGAAUUCCCCCAGUAUUUCUCGUUUAGCUUGGAAAAUAGGAUAAAACCCAGACACCAAUGUUGCGUAGAGAAAGGAGUAUGUUUUCCUCUCCCUGUGUUAUUAAAAACCAAUGAGGCUCAGUUCCGCCAUAGAUUGGAGUUAUGGUGUCAGCGCACUCUCGUGGGAUACCACGACCACCUUCAAGACUGUCACCGCGUUUAACUUCAGACCGGCCACAAAGGCUGCCACGACUACCCCGGCCUCUCCCUCAGCCACAAAGGCCGCCACGACUACCCCGACCUCUCCCUCGACCGCCGCGACUACCCCGGCCUUUCCCCCGGCCGCCACGACUACCCCAGCCUUCCCCUCCGCGGCCACCACUCUUUUGAAUGAUGAAAGUAAAAUUUAGGUUGCUGUUUGUGAAAGGAUUGCAGCAGUCGUUCAUGAUACAUAGUACUUUGUUGUUGGUUUUAGCUUAUUAUUACGUGAUUUGGUCGUUGUUUAAGUUUCAUUCCUUGGAUUCAUAGCCCAUGCAAUAAGAACAAUAACUGAGAAACAAAA